GUAAGUUCCUGCUGUGGCUUGAGGGAAACAGAUCGACAUUCAGCCGCGGGAGAAUCGCACUUUGCGGCCUGUGGAAGCCCCCUCCCUGAGCAAUGGCCUCACCUGUCUCAGUCUACAACUCUAAUGCCUUGGACACACACAUCUCCAGUACCUCCAGAGAGUCUCUGAAGAUGGAGUUGUUAGCAGAUGUCAGUCUGCUGCCAGGAGAGGAGAGAAUUACAGAUAAAGACAUCAUCUACAUCUGUCCAUUCAGUGGAGCUGUGAAAGGAAAAGUGUUGAUCACCAACUACAGACUCUACUUCAAGAGCUCAGACACUGAUGUGGCGGUGACACUGGAUGUUCCUUUGGGUGCCAUCAGUCGGGUGGAGAAGAUGGGUGGGGCAUCAAGCAGAGGAGAAAACUCGUAUGGCCUGGACAUCACCUGCAAGGACAUGAGGAAUUUGAGGUUUGCCUUGAAGCAGGAGGGCCACAGCAGACGAGACAUCUUUGAGCUCCUCUUCAGACACGCCUUCCCCCUGUCACAUGGUCUGCCUGUGUUUGCGUACGUGACUCAGGAGAAGUACGGGGACAACGGCUGGAACAUCUAUAAACCCAUAGAGGAGUUCAGACGCCAGGGUCUACCUAACAACAAGUGGCGUAUCACAUUCAUCAAUAAGAGCUACGAGCUGUGUGACACCUACCCCACUGUGCUGGCUGUGCCCUUUAAGAGUAAAGAGGAGGACCUGAGGAGAGUGGCCACCUUCAGGUCCAGAGGACGCAUACCGGUUCUGUCGUGGAUCCACAGGGAGAACCAGGCCGUGAUCGUCCGCUGCAGUCAGCCUCUGGUCGGCAUGUCCGGGAAGAGGAACAAGGACGACGAGCGCUACCUGGACCUGAUCAGGGAGGCCAACGACACCACCAAGCUCACCAUCUUCGACGCCAGGCCCAACGUUAACGCCGUGGCCAACAAGGCGACCGGAGGAGGCUACGAAGGCGACGAGUACCAGAACGCAGAGCUGAUCUUCCUGGACAUCCAGAACAUCCACGUCAUGAGGGAGUCCCUGAAGAAGCUCAAAGACAUCGUCUACCCCAACGUGGAGGAGUCCCACUGGCUGUCCAGUCUAGAGUCCACACACUGGCUAGAACAUGUCAAGCUGGUGCUGUCAGGAGCCAUCCAGGUAGCAGACAAGGUUUCCAGUGGGAACUCGGUGGUGGUUCACUGCAGCGACGGCUGGGACAGAACCGCUCAGCUCACCUCUCUGGCCAUGCUGAUGCUGGACAGUCACUACCGCACACUCAGAGGCUUCCAGGUGCUGAUAGAGAAGGAGUGGAUCAGCUUUGGACACAAAUUUGCCUCAAGGAUAGGUCAUGGGGACAAGAACCAUGCAGACCAGGACAGAUCACCCAUCUUUGUUCAGUUCAUAGACUGUGUUUGGCAGAUGACUAAACAGUUUCCUACAGCCUUUGAGUUUAACGAGCGCCUCCUGCUGACAAUCCUGGAUCACCUCUACAGCUGCCGCUUUGGGACUUUCCUCUACAACUGUGAGAGCGCCCGAGACCAGCACGAGGUGAGGUCAAAGACCGUGUCUCUGUGGUCUCUGGUCAACGGUAAGAUGGACAUUUAUCUAAACCCCUUCUACACCCCCGAGUCCGGCAGAGUCCUGUACCCCGUCGCCAGCAUGCGUCACCUCGAGCUGUGGGUCACAUACUACAUCCGCUGGAACCCGCGCAUCCGACAGCAGCAGCAGAGCCCGGUGGAGCAGCGCUACAAGGAGCUGCUGGCCCUCAGAGACGAGUACUUGAAGAAGCUGGAGGAGCUGCAGCUCUCUGACUCCUCCCCCUCCUCCCGCCUGCCUAACAGCCCCACCCCCAACACCCCCUCAUCCCCCCCAUCACACAAUACAGCAAUACACACACUACACACUCCCUUCUGA